GUUGCAUACAGAUGAGUUGGUAGCCAGUCUGAGCUGGCCCACAGACUCAUAAAAUCAACAGGGCCUCAGGUACCCUCACCCAGCACAUCCAAACUCUUGCAUCAAAGGUGCAAGGACUUGCUCACAUCGAGAAUCUGUCUGCUUUCUUGGAGACCAAGAAAAUGAGUUUUUGUUUCUACAUUUACUCCAGCAAUCCAUGAGGACUUCAUAGGAAUUUUGCACCAUUCUGAAUGAAUACAUUUGGAUUUCUCAACAUUUGUUCAGCUCCCUAAUGACUGUUGUGACAAUUGCUGUAUACCAGUGAAUGCCAACUGUUUAUCUCUGCUCUGAACAGAUCAGGGUGUUGACAGAAAGUAUGUUCAAACGUCUUCGGAAAUGGGUUGUCACUCGCUUUUUUGGGCAUUCUCGGCAAAGAGCAAGGCUAGUCUCCAAAGAUGGAAGGUGCAACAUAGAAUUUGGCAAUGUGGAGGCACAGUCAAGGUUUAUAUUCUUUGUGGACAUCUGGACAACAGUACUUGACCUCAAAUGGAGAUACAAAAUGACCAUUUUCAUCACAGCCUUCUUGGGGAGUUGGUUUUUCUUUGGUCUCCUGUGGUACGCAGUAGCGUACAUUCACAAAGACCUCCCGGAGUUCCAUCCUUCUGCCAAUCACACUCCCUGUGUGGAGAACAUUAAUGGCUUGACCUCAGCUUUUCUCUUUUCUCUGGAGACUCAAGUGACCAUUGGAUAUGGAUUCAGGUGUGUGACAGAACAGUGUGCCACUGCCAUUUUUCUACUUAUCUUUCAGUCUAUACUUGGAGUUGUAGUCAAUUCUUUCAUGUGUGGGGCCAUCUUAGCCAAGAUCUCCAGGCCCAAAAAACGUGCCAAGACCAUUACGUUCAGCAAGAAUGCAGUGAUCAGCAAACGGGGAGGGAAGCUUUGUCUCUUAAUCCGAGUGGCUAAUCUCAGGAAGAGCCUUCUUAUUGGCAGUCACAUUUAUGGAAAGCUUCUGAAGACCACAGUCACUCCUGAAGGAGAGACCAUUAUUUUGGACCAGAUCAAUAUCAACUUUGUAGUUGAUGCUGGGAAUGAAAAUUUAUUCUUCAUCUCCCCAUUGACAAUUUACCAUGUCAUUGAUCACAACAGCCCCUUCUUCCACAUGGCAGCGGAGACCCUUAUCCAGCAGGACUUUGAAUUAGUGGUGUUUUUAGAUGGCACAGUGGAGUCCACCAGUGCUACCUGCCAAGUCCGGACAUCCUAUGUCCCAGAGGAGGUACUUUGGGGCUACCGUUUUGCUCCCAUAGUAUCCAAGACAAAAGAAGGGAAAUACCGAGUGGAUUUCCAUAACUUUAGCAAGACAGUGGAAGUGGAGACCCCUCACUGUGCCAUGUGCCUUUAUAAUGAGAAAGAUGCUAGAGCCAGGAUGAAGAGAGGCUAUGACAACCCCAACUUCAUCUUGUCAGAAGUCAAUGAAACAGAUGACACCAAAAUGUAACAAUGGCUUUUCAACAGGAGUAAAACAAAGUCUCUAAAGUUCCUAGUGGCUAGAAGCAUUAUGAAGCAGUCCACAAUUUAGGGGCACAAAAGUAGGAUGAGAGCCUUCAAAGUCUACCAGCAAAUGACCCCUGAACCUCGCAAUUGUGAUCCCACAAGACAUGCAUCUCUACAAGGCUACUGUAUUAGAACGUGCAAUGCAUUUAUAUGAAACUGGCAUAUGGGAGCCAUAGGUGCUCAUUUGGAAUCUUAAAUAUGAUUAUUUGAGCUCAUAUAAGGUUGACGGGAGCAGACAAAAUUAUCAAAAGUUUCAUGCAUAGGCCAAAUAUUUUUUAAAGUUUCUUUAAACAAGUUAUGAACUUCAGAAAGGAUCAGGGAACAAUAAUAAUCUCAUUUUGAUUCUACUGAUAAGAAAGACUCCACUUUUAUUUUAAUGUGGACUUUUACUCAAAGAAAAAUUGUCUCCUAAUUUGGGGAGAUGAACCAACCAAUCAACGACAAUAAGAAAAUGCUUACACAAGGAACAAUUUCAGGCUCUAAGCUUCUCAUGUGGUACAUUUAGACAGA